AUGUCUGACUCUGACGAAGGCUUUGUGACUACUAGGGUCCUUGCCGUCGAGUACGACGAGGACAUCCUCGGGCCGAUAAAGAUAAAGAACGCAACUAUGGAACAGAAGCGGGAGAAGAGGCUGAGGCCCAAAGAAUUCAAAGAGAAAAUGGCCAGCGUGACUCUAUGGUUCAGCCUCCGGUUAAUCAGUCUCUUCCUCGUCGCGUAUCUAAAAGAUAUCACAACUCCAGAGGUCGGUGUAGAGAAGCUGUGGGAAAAGUAUGCAGACAUGUGCAUAAGACAGAAGACGUCCAUCGCUUCUGAUAGUGCAGAGGCGCUUCGGAACACAGAGUAUUCUUUCUUUCGCCGAUUCAAGAGCGAGUCGACAUAUCCAAACGGGAUGGCCUUGGAGGCCAUGCGCGACGAGAUCAUGAAGCUGAUAACCGACCAUCCCAACCGAGUGACUUUCCUCCGACCCUGUGGAUUCCUGCUCUUCUCGUCAUUCAUCAAUGUAGAGAAUCUGAAGGAUAUUCGAGAUACACCUCCGUUCCCUCCAAUAGCGAGCACGCACGUCCUAAUGAAUAUCAUCGGGUCCAUUAGCGACAGGGACAUCGGUAAGUGUAUCAACUCUUCAAGCUCGUGCUUCAGAGAUUCUAAGAUAGGACGGUGGGUCAAUUUUGUGGCAAAGUAUCCUUCAGAGCUGUCGGGAAGCGCGCAACUCAGUGAGCAGGCUGCUCAGAUCGUCAAUCGCUGGAAGAAGAUCGUCUACGAGGUCCGUCAUGACACGUUUGCUAUUGAUCGUAGUACCGAUGAUGAAGACUACGGGGAUGACGAUGACGACGAGCACGACGUCAAGGACAAGAGGCGAGGUCAGGAUAAGGUGAAGCAGGAGCGGCAGAGUGCUUACAUAGCAGCAGCCCUAGCCCACAGGGAAGACACGGAUGACGAUGACGGGCCUACAGAGUUCGCAAAGCGUGUGCGGCUUUAG